AUCCGCGUUACACACAGAUACUUUCCGCUUCUUUUCCAACGCAACUUUCUUGGCCCCAAGUCCCCAACCACCUGGACGGUAGCAAAGAGCAAAACGCCCACAGCGCACACAACCACACAAAUCCAUGGAGGCGUCGUUGACCGCCGCCGCCGUCUCGUUGCCGCCGCCGCGAAUCCGCCUCCGAAUCGCCAAACCGAGUCCACUCCCACCCCCUCGGCGGCUCCAAUUUGGAUCCUCCAAGAUCCGGACCUCCGGCACGCGGCCAUGCCUGGCUGCGGCUUCCGCAUCCACGCCGCCGGCCCCGGGAGGCGGCCUGUACUCGGCGGCGACCUACGAGAUGACGGGGGAAAACGUCGACCGCGUCCUGGACGACGUGCGCCCGUACCUCAUCGCUGACGGCGGCAACGUCACCGUCGUGUCCGUCGAGGACGGCGUCAUCUCCCUCAAGCUCGAAGGAGCGUGCGGCAGCUGCCCCAGCUCGACGACGACGAUGAAUAUGGGCAUCGAGCGCGUGCUCAAGGAGAAGUUCGGCGACGCUUUCAAGGAAAUCCGUCAGGUGUUCGACGGGGAUCAACCACCGGCGGAGACGACGCCCGAGGCGGUGAACCGACACCUGGACAUACUCCGGCCGGCGAUCGCGAACUACGGCGGGAGCGUGGAUGUGCUGGCCGUCGACGGCGAGGACUGCCUGGUGAAGUACGACGGGCCGGAGUCCAUCGGGAGCGGCAUCAAGGCUGCCAUCAAAGAGAAAUUCCCGGACAUCACCAACGUGGUAUUCACCCAGUAGAACACUCUCUAGAUAAGCAGAUAUGCAUCAAAAAGCCGACGGCAAAUAAGAAGAUGAAAUUAUCAGAUAUAUACACGGGAGUAGUUUGCAAAAUGUUGCUGUGCUUGUAUUGAAAUUUUGAAAUGCAGCAGCGCUGUCAAUGGACGGUUUUGUGCCUCAUCCCUGCAUUUUUCAUCACCUGAAUUCAGAUGAUUCAGAAUUCCAUACGAUCUCAGCAUAUGUGCACUGGAAUGUACUGUGUACUGACUUUCAAUCCAAGCAUAUCUUGCAGUA